AUGGGAUUAGUAGUUUGACAGCCGGCAUCGUGACAAUUGGUUGGAAUAUUCCACAAAACAUGGGGCCAUUGUUCGUAAAUAUUUUCCUUAACUGUUUGCUAGGCAUUGCGCUUCAAGCAGUUGGUAGUCAGGCCUCAGACAUCAACGAUUCCCACUUUAUUGCUGGCGUAGUGGAAUUUCGACCAGACUUUAUUGGCCUAACGACCGAGCAAUUGAUUGCCAAACACACAGAGGCAUACAUAGAGAUACUCUCAUCACCUGAGGCGCUAGAGACUGAUAUUGUAGUCUUUCCGGAGAGCACACUUAACAAUGAAUUUAAUACGACCUAUGUACCAGCACCUGAGGAAGUUGUCAUACCAUGUUUGCUGGCUAAUCAAAGCAGUCGCUAUGAGCCCUAUUUGAUCGCGCUUUCCUGUGCAGCCCGAGACAAUCGCAAAUAUGUGAUCAUUAAUUUGACGGAGAAGGAAGAUUGCGCAGCCAACGCAGCCGUCGAUCCACGGCCUUGUGCCACAAAUGGCUUAAAUAUAUACAAUUCGAAUGUGGUAUUCGAUCGAGAGGGACGCGUCAUAUCGCGUUAUCGCAAGGUGAAUAUCUAUGUAGAGCGUAAAAAUACCACUUAUCAGCCAGAAUUCGCAAUAUUCGAUACGGAUUUCGGCGUGCGUUUUGCACACUUCAUAUGCUUCGAUUUGCUCUUUUAUACACCGGCCGAGGAAUUGGUGGCUAAAUAUGGCAUUAGGAAUAUCAUACUCACCAGUAUGUUCGCCUCCGAAACGCCAUUUCUAACAGCCGUUCAGCUGCAGCAGUCGUGGGCUUGGGGCAACAAUGUCACCUUACUCGCCGCCGGCGGCAGUUAUCCCCAGUCAGGCGCCACUGGUUCAGGUAUCUAUGCCGGUAGUAGUGGGAGCUUAGUAUCAGCUAUGAUCGGCAACACCGGCGUGCGCCAAAUCUAUGUGGCGAAAGUGCCGAAAUUUGCUGGAAAAAGCCUGUAUACCUCUACACCAGAAACACACACUACAGCUGCAGCGCAACCCCAAACCGGAGUUAGAUUACUGCGCGAUCCACAGUUGGAUAACUUCAAUUCACAGCUACUGCAGUUAAAUGCUUCUUCCGCGAUUUCAGUCGAGCUCUGUGCCGAAACGCUCUGCUGUAGUCUGAUUGCCGAAACAACAACUACAGAAAAUUCUUACGGUAAUGGCACUACCUCUGAUACUUACCAAUACCGCUUUGGCGUCUUCACUGGGACGCGUUCGUAUGAGAAGGAGCAGUACAGCGAUGUAGCCAUUUGUGCUAUAUAUGCUUGUACCGAUGACACAGUCUCGAGCUGUGGUCUCUUAUUCCCUGCAAAUACGACCGUAAUGCCGAAGUUUGCUUUCAAACGUUUGCAAAUUGAGGGGAGCUUUCAAAAGACCGAACGUUUGUUGAUUAUGCCAAAUACACUUGAUUUGAGCUUUUAUUCCCUGCAACCAGCUCAGGUGGCUUGGAACCUCGCCAAUAAAAGCAAAUCAUAUGAGGCUGCAAUAGAGUUAAAAGCCUCUGCUGACAAUCUUCUGGCUUUUGGCAUUUACGCCAAUUACUAUGACAGUUCAUCGGGGGCACACAAAUAUGGCAGCUCUGUGUUAAUAUUGUCAACAAGUGUUCUACUUUGGAUUGGCGCCUAUGUCACAGAUCUUUUAUAUAUACGAUAUUUUAGUUCUGUUUAAAUGUAUUAAAUAAAUACAUACGAAGAAGUUAGUAAUACAAUUGAGUAAUCUA